AUGGCUCAAAUCUUUGGGUUCAGGCCCCGUGGAAGACCUAUAGAUGCUAUCUGGCUGCAGGUUUACUUCCUAGAACUGAGGUUUCCAAACAUAGUUCUGCCUGAAGAUCAAGUUCUGGGUCUUCCUCUAAUGUCUGCAGAAGUGCCCAAAUGCUCCAUUGAAGAAAGGACCUAUCCUUGGUUCCAACCUGGAUACCGGUUGUUUAAGAAGGAGCCAGAAGAGGAAUCGGCUAGAAUUGACUUUAGGAAGAAGUUCCUGAGUGUCACUCUGCCAAGAGAUCUGCCCUAUGGAGGUGGGAAGCCUCCAAAUUAUCAUUUAGGGGCAGAAGUCUAUCAUCCCAACUUCUGUGCAAGGCAACUUGGCUGCCCCCAGCUUAUUCCACUCAAAUCAUAUAGAAGUUGCAAUUGGGCCACUUCCUGGAGAGAUCUAGAUGAUCUGGAAGUGCACAAGGAUGCUAGAUGUGCAAUAAACAAGAUCAACAACAGCGCAGAUGCCCUCUAUCCAGCCUGGGAACCAAACUCCUGCAGUUCUGCCAAUUUUGACGCUUGGUGGAAAGCUAGGUUUCAUGGUCUGCCAGCCUCCAUUACUGCACUCAAGGUACUUUUUGAAGGCUGGGGCUCCUGGACUAUCUACGUAGAGGUGGAUGCCAAGAACUUCGUGGUGCAGACCAUCAAAGAUGUUAAUGCCCAGGUCAUAGAAGACCCUUCUUUGAUAGAAAACAUAGGUGGGCAGUCUGUCCAAGCUGGAGAAGUGAUUGUCACUUCUGUCAUUGCUGCCGGAGACUUAGAGCUCUCUUCUGGAGAUGAAGAUAAUGAAAUUAUGGCAGAGCAACCAGCUGUUGAGGCCACUCCUUCUGCCAGAAGGAAGAGAAAAAAAACUACUCCAGUUCGUGGUAGUGCUGCUCAGCCUGCAACUUCAGCUGAAAGUCCCCCUUCUCCUCCUACUAAGUCAAAAAGACUUAGAAAGAGGACCAUGGUGGAAUAUGUGGCCAUGGAGGAAUCUGCAGCAGCUUCCACCAACACUUCUGGGACGGAUGAAGAGCUGAGAGAGCCCUUCGAGGCAGUAGAGCAGGAGAAAGAGCUAGAAGAAGUAGAAGAAGGACGUCAAGAAAAGGCAAAAGAAAUGGAAGAAGAGGAAAUCCCCGCUGAAGUGAUUGCAGAGAGCAUUGCUUUGGCGCAGCGGCAGCAGAAGAAUCCAAGGGCAGAGCUGACUAGUUCAGAGUUGGCCUUUUUUAAGGAUAUAGAGGCAGAGCAUUCCGCUGCCGUUCCAGCAUCUGAAGAGAGGGCAGAGCAAUCUGCAUCAGAGCCUAUGGAGCAGGCAGAACUACCUGUUGCAGUUUCGGAAGCUGGAGUGGAAGUGGUUGCUACUGUUCCUGACCUUGUGGUAGAAGUGCCUAGAUCUGCUGGUGUUCAGGCAAUGAUGACCAGCCCUCUGAAGCCUCCAAUUUUUCAACGUCUUCGAUAG